AUGUAUUUCUUCUUGGGUAACCUUGCCAUAGCUGAUGUUUUACAUGUUUCAGUUACUCUUCCAAAUCUGCUCUCCAUACUCCUAACACAUGACCACCGGAUGACUUUCUCUGCCUGUAUGGCUCAGGUUUACUUCUUCUCCUUGUCAGCCGUGUGUGAUAUUUUUGUGUUGACCUCCAUGUCCUAUGACCGAUACGUAGCAAUCUGUAAGCCGUUACAAUAUUCUUCAUUAAUACGUAAAGAUUUUUGCAAUGCAAUCAUUUUGUUUAUUUAUUUUACGUCUGGUAAUGAUGCAGCAAUCAACGUAAUAGCUACAUCUCUGUUGUCCUUCUGUCCCCCACAAAACGUUGACCAUUUCUUUUGUGAGCUGACUACAUUGUACGCCAUUUCUUCUAGUGAUAGAACAAGUAGAAACGUACUUCUGGUAUUUCAGAUUAUAUUGCUGUCCGCUUUGCCAUUUUUGUUUAUUAUAACUUCCUAUAUAUUCAUCGUUUCUGCCAUUUUGAACAUUAGGUCCUCAAAGGGGCGGCAGAAGGCUUUUUCCAGUUGCUCCUCCCACCUCACCACGGUGAUAAUCUUCUUUGGUCCAAUCAUUAUACUGUACAGUAAACCAGCAUCUGAGCAUUCUAGGGAAUUAGACAAGUUGUUGGAACUGGACAAGUUGUUGUCGUUGUUCUAUACAGCUGUGAUACCAAAGCUCAACCCGUUUGUCUACACGUUGAGGAACAAAGAUAUUUUGAAUGCUUUAGGAACUCUAACAAGGAGGUGGAACAUGUUUUUAGUAAAAUGA